CACAUCAUAUCAUAUAUAAAUCCUUUUUGUGGUCUCUCUAAAUCCUCCCUCAAAUCCAAAUAAUGGGUAGUUUGGGGGCUUUUUUCUUGCUGUUUUUUUUGUGUUCAUCGCUUGUUUACUGUGAAAUUAACGAUGCCGGCGGUACUGAAGAAAAUCUUCAGACCACCUUCAUUGUAAGAGUCCAAAAUGAUUUGAAACCAUCUGCUUUUUCCGACGUCGAAAAAUGGUACAAGUCAACCCUUCGAAGCCUUGACUCCAACACUCUAAACUCUGAAAAUCCAUCUGAUGAUCAAACGCAGAAUUCCCAUGAAUUUCUGCAUGUUUAUCGCACAGUUUUUCAUGGGUUUUCUGCUAGAUUAACCCCACAACAAGCCCAACUACUGUUGAACCGGCCGGAGGUUAUCUCCGUUUUGCCGGACCGUCUUCGACAGUUACACAUAACUCGUUCGCCCUACUUUCUAGGGUUAUCGUCUGAUAACCCGACCGGGUUGAUGUCGGAAUCGGAUUCCGGGUCGAAUGUUGUCAUCGGUAUUUUAGACACCGGAAUUUGGCCGGAGCGUCUUAGUUUCCACGAUCAAGGUCUGGAUCCGGUGCCUUCUACUUGGAAAGGCGAGUGUUCCGAAGGAGUGAAUUUCACCAAAGCUCACUGCAAUAAGAAACUCAUCGGCGCUCGCUAUUUCUCCGCCGGGUACGAAGCUCGAAAGGGGGUGGUUAAUUCGUCGGAGGAAUUUCACUCGGCGAGGGACUCCGACGGACAUGGGACCCACACUGCGUCAACCGCUGCCGGUAGAGCGGUUGCCAACGCCUCCCUUUUCGGCUACGCUAGCGGCGUCGCUGUCGGGGUUGCUCCCAAGGCGCGGAUUGCAGUUUACAAGAUUUGCUGGAAAAACGGGUGCAUGGACUCCGAUAUACUCGCCGCAUUCGAUAAGGCGGUGGAGGACGGCGUGAAUGUCAUUUCAAUCUCCGUCGGCGGCGGUGCUGUACCGUACAAUCUAGAUCCGAUGGCAAUCGGGGCAUUUGGUGCGAUGGAGAGGGGUAUUUUGGUCUCGGCGUCUGCUGGGAACGAGGGUCCCACUAAAAUGACGGUGACGAAUGUUGCUCCGUGGAUGACGACUGUUGGCGCUAGCACAAUCGAUAGAAAAUUCGUUGCUGAUCUUGUGCUUGGAGACGGGCGCGUGAUUAGCGGCGCGUCCCUCUACAGCGGCAAGCCUUUGCCUGAAAAGACCUAUCUGCCCUUGAUAUACGGCGGUAACGCCUCCGCAAGCUGGGGCUUCGGCGGCAUACGCGCCGGAAGUUUCUCCGCCUCCACCUGCAUAGCCGGCUCUUUGGACGAAAACUCCGUUCGUGGCAAAAUCGUGGUGUGCGAUCGCGGCGGCAACGCGCGUGUCGCGAAAGGAGAUGUUGUCAGAAAAGCCGGCGGCGCCGGCGUGGUGGUGGCGAACGUGGCCCCAAUCGGCGAAGGACUCGUCGCCGACUCCCAUCUGAUCCCCGGCCUCGCCAUCUCCGAAUCCGCCGCCCGCACGUUACGCCAAUACAUCAAUUCGAAUCCAAAUCCAAGGGCAACAAUGGUGUUCCGCGGCACGCAGGUUGGGAUAAAACCGGCGCCGGUGGUGGCAUCCUUCUCCGCCAGAGGACCGAGCGUCGAGUCACCGUACGUGCUGAAGCCGGACAUCAUAGCGCCAGGUGUCAACAUCCUAGCGGCUUGGCCAGACGGCGUGGCGCCGAGCGAGAUCGCCUCCGACACGCGGCGCACGCAGUUCAACGUGGCUUCAGGCACAUCGAUGUCGUGCCCACACGUCUCCGGCGUGGCGGCUCUACUGAAAGGGGCCCACCCCGACUGGUCACCGGCUAUGAUCCGGUCAGCGAUGAUGACCACCGCCUACAGCCAAGACAGCCAAGGCAAACCCUUACUCGAUGAAAAAUCAUACAAUCAAUCCACCAUUUGGGAUAUGGGCGCAGGACACGUGGACCCGGAGAAAGCCGUUGAUCCAGGACUUGUUUACGAUCUGACGGCUGACGAUUACUUGAAUUUUCUCUGCGCCUCAAAUUUUACCCGCCAGGAAAUAAGGCACAUUGCUAGGAGAUCAAUCAGUUGUAGUAGAAAGCAAUCGAAGCCGUGGGAUCUGAAUUACCCGGCGAUCUCCAUUGAUUUUGAGGCAUCGGAAACAAUGUCGGCUAACGAGAUUGUGGUCUCCAGAACUGUGACGUAUGUUGGUGAAAGUGCGGGUAGCUUUAGCGCGACGGUGAAUAAUCCGAAAGGGGUAACUUUGACGGUAAAUCCGAUGAAAUUGGAUUUUACGGCGAAAGGUGAGAAGAAAAGUUACAGCGUGGGGAUAAAGGCGGAGAAGCUGAAGGUGACACCGGGGAAUACUGUAACGGAGGUGGGGAGGAUAGUUUGGUCGGAUGGACGGAGGAAGGUGGUGUCUCCGGUGGUGGUGAUGUGGAAGCAGGGGUACUGAUGACGUCAUCUUAUCGGUAGUGUGAUGCAAUUGUGCACAAGUAGUUGGUGUUGUCUCUGUAGCACUAGAUUUUAAGAAGUAGUUGUCUAUGUUAUGGAGAUUGCGAUGGUGGUAUAAGAUAAAAAUGCAGUGGCACUUGUAAUCUGCUAAUUAUAAAUCUUUUUCCGUAAGCUAGUUUCAGUAAUAUUUAUUUAUUGGCAAUGAUUAAUGAUUAUUAUGGAA